ACUGAUCAGGCCAAGGAAGCGUGACCACAGUCAAUAGCCAAGAAGUCAGUGUAGUUCACAGGACAUCCUCCUUAUUUCAAAUAUUGAGUCACAUAGCUCAAUAUUGACUAUACCUGUGCAACAGAUACUUGGUUGAAGUCACCAAUGUGCAUGUCACUGUUUGAAGCCAUUUGUCCGACGGUAUAAUUCAAUGUGGGCACUAUUCACAUGAUAAAGGACAGACUGGAACCUGGGGUUAUUUCGCAAUAGUACGGAUCACUACCGGUUGUCAAUGAAGGUGGUGUUUUGUAAACAUAUAGGUCGGUGUGAAUGUACGAGUUACAUAAAACAUCGGAGUAAUGGAUUAGAUUAGCUGGAAUCUAACACACACCUGUGGGAUGGCUGCCCGUGUGCAUGCAGCACACACAGUGGAAGCCAUGCUCACCACAUAUGUCAAGGGUUAAACAAGGUGAAGAGUCUCCGUCAAAACAUAUUGACGAAGAUCAGGAUAAAAUGGCGAAAAAAGUGAGAAGAUGGGAAGUAUUUCCAGGAAAAAAUAAAUUUCACUGCAACGGAAGAAUCAUGAUGGCCAAACAAACUGGAAUCUUCUACUUGACUUGCACCUUGAUCAUCGUCACCAGUGGACUGUUCUUCGCGUUCGACUGUGUGUAUCUGGCAGUGGAAGUUACUCCAGCAAUUCCCGCCAUCGGAGGGGCCUUGUUUAUAUUCGUCAUGGCUACAUUAUUCCGAACUAGCUUCAGUGAUCCCGGAGUUAUCCCACGGGCAACACCUGACGAAGCUGCAGAGUUAGAGAAACAAAUGGAGGUCCCCAAUGCCAGUUCCCCUGGGACGUACCGCCCUCCGCCUCGCACCCGUGAGGUGGUGGUCAAGGGACAGGUUGUCAAGCUCAAGUACUGCUUCACAUGUAAAAUAUUUCGCCCCCCUCGGGCUUCCCACUGCAGCCUUUGUGAUAAUUGCGUUGAGCGCUUCGACCAUCACUGUCCCUGGGUGGGCAACUGUGUUGGCAAGAGAAACUAUCGCUAUUUUUACCUCUUCAUCCUGUCCCUGUCAAUACUGUGUAUUUACAUAUUUGCCUGUGUGCUGACACAUCUCAUACUAAGAGCCCAGCAUGAUAACUUCCUCAAUGCGAUGAAAGAAUCACCAGCAAGCAUUGUGGAGGCUAUUAUAUGUUUCUUCUCGGUGUGGUCAAUAAUUGGUCUUGCUGGAUUUCACACGUACCUGACCACUUCAGAGCAAACCACAAACGAGGAUAUUAAGGGUUCAUUUACAGCCAAGAGGGGCCAAGAAAACUUCAAUCCCUACAGCAAGGGCUCAAUAUUUAGGAAUUGCAUGACAGUUCUUUGUGGACCAACCCCUCCUAGUUUGCUAGAUCGCCGUGGCUAUGUGGUCCCAGACAGCUCACAGGUGCAUACAGCCGAUGGAGAACUGCCUGUGAAGGAGAGUAACGCCGUCAAUGUACGGCAUGAGUACUACGGUUCAACCAAUAUCACACAACAGAAGACAAACAGCACCGGCACCAACACAGCAGGGGAGCCGGUAGUCGUCGCAGACAACAUGGGAAGCACUGCCCCCGUCACCAAGCAUGACAUGAUCAGCUAUCAGGGUCCGGAUGGUACUAUCAACAACAAACUUCCACCAAUAAAUGGCAUGGUGCCACCAACAUGUGCAGGACGAAAGAACCACAUUUGGGACAUGACGCUAAACCAACUCAACUUCUCUGCUUGGCAAGGUAUGACUGACGGAAAAUAUGGGGUGGCUCCGUGAGUACAGUGAACGUGCAGCCCUCGUACACGUACACGACGGAUGACAUCAAGGUGGUCAGCUCCAACGCCCACGACAACAAGCACGUCAUGUCCAGGGGUUGCAGCACCGACUUUUGAUGUCCAUGACGUAUUUAAUGUGUUUCAUUAAUAUUUGUGUCUAUCACAAGAGAUGUAUGUCACCAUCUUGUCGUUUAUGAGUGUCAACCAUAAAUUCUGACAUUCAUUUCAUUGUUCAAAAAUCUGUUUCUGGAAAAUAUCUGUAUGUAAUUAUUUUUUUCUGUAUAUUGACAGCUGACCAGGAAAGUAAUAAUAGUAGUUCAAGUUUAGUCGAUGUCAGUUUUGGAUGAUCUUUGUAGUCAGUGGCAAUCUUGAUAGAUUAUUUUAGGGUUGUGUUAAUACGUGUAUGUAUUAUUGUGUAUAUUAUGUUUUACGAUUGUAUAUGUCUUGUUUUGAAAUCUCAGAUAUUUUAUAUCUAGUCAGGAACAGGGAUGAUGUGGCUGUCCUGUGUAACUGUAAACAAAAUAAAAUCACCAGAUAAAUAUUUUACAACUUUAUCUUGAAUUUAAAUUCUGUUUUAAUACUUAGAACCAGAAACAGAUUUUUAUCAUCCAUAGCAAAUUUCAUAACAUCAACAUGUAAUUAAUAUCAGGUGCAUUUGGUAUUAUAAGUUAUUCUUCGUGUAUAUUGAGAGUACCUAACUUGAUGCAUGUUUAUCCAUAUUAAUGUUACAUGCUUUCUAAAUGUCAUGUCAGAAAUCUUAAAGGCCAUGCACAUUUCAGUUUUCAGAAUGGUUUAAAUCAUCACCAAAGAGUGUCGUGUUUCCAUAUCUAUAUAUCAAUGUUUUAUGUAAAUAAUGUGUAAAUCUGGAACAAUCUGUCAACGUCUUGUCUUGGGUGGAGAAUUACAAAGCAUUGAUUUUAUUUUGAACAUAGAUUUUCCUGAUUCUAGUGAUAUGUGUUACUAAAAUCAGUGUUUGGUUGUAGAAAGGUCUGAAAUUUACCUUUGUAGAUUAGCACAGACAACAAUCAAAUAUAUAACUAUUCUUGGUGGAUAUUUGUCUGAUAUAUAUUAGUGUCAUCAGAGGGUAGAUAUAUUGAACAUGAUUGGUGGGUCUUUGAAACACUGUACAUAUCACAGUUGCAUUUCAGUAGGAAUUAGUGGUACAUAUAAUUCCUGCUUGCAUAUAUUUUGCUUAUAAAUUGCACUGAAAUCCUGCUGAAUCACUUAUCAUUCUUUUAAACAAUAUACCACUUAUUAACCAGAGUCAGUCUCAGUGUAUUCCAUCUUUGUAUCUCAGAGUAUCAUUUUAGAAAUAUCCAUGACUUGAUUUUUUUAAGAAAAGUGAAAAUGCAAAUACUUUCAUUAACAUUGUGUUUUGUUGCAUUAAUCAACAACUACCCCUGGACAUGUGAAGGAGCGGGAUGAGCUCCAAACACUGUCAAUGCUGGCUGCAGCAGUGUCCGGAGUUUAUCUCCAGGACAAGCGACAUGUCUGAUGUAACAUCGUAACCAUGUUGACAGUUUGUUUUAUUGUAUAUUCACAUCCUAAAGUACCCAUAUAUUCAAAACAAUAGUCUCAUCAUCCCCGUAUGAUGGUGCAGGGUAAUGACUUUGAGGAUGAGGUCAAGAACUUUUCUCUUGUGGUCUUUACAGCAUCUUGUUUUAUUUUUAUCAGUCUGUCAAGAUUUUCGGAGAACAGAAGUUAGGUCUUAUCUUACCUAAACUGUCCUGCCAUGCUUGCUAAUUAACUUCAAUAUAUUUUCCUCCUACUGAGAGACGAUACCUUCAGUACCAGCAAUAUUUUGUAAUGAUUUUUUUUUUUUUUUUUUCAUUGAAUUUAAGAUAGCAGGUUACUGAAAAUGGUGGACAUUUGUAAGUUGAGGAUGAAACAUCAGAUGUUGAUUUAUGGAUUCCACAAAAAUUAUCUUGUGCAACUGUGACGUACCACCUGAGGCUAGAUUUGUAACAGUAAGAGAAAAAUGUUGUUUUAUGUUUUUUAUGAAUUAUAUAUUCUAAUAAUUUUUUAAUUUUUUCUGAAACUUUUUUCAAACAAUUGAAAGAAAUCUUAACAAUGGCUUCAUUAUUAUUUUUUGCUAUAUAAGAAGUGAUGAAUACUAAGAAAUUAUUUACAACUUGUCAUGAUAUGUCGGAUAGACAAGAAAAAGUUUUUUGUGCAAGUUUGAUUGAGUAAGACACAAAAGUGAAUGUCUGGGAGGUACUGUAUAUUGUUAGAAAUACAGUUAAUGAUUUGAAAGCACAGUAAUUGUAGCACUAUUAGUUGACUUGACAUUAAUACCUAUUCAAAUCCAUUGUUCUUCAUACACUUUUGAUUUAUGAAUUAGUAUUUCAAUUCAGUUUGUUCUGAAUCACUUCUGUUCACAUUGCAAUGCCUCGAAAAGUUUGCUUCUUAUCUUGAAAAUAACAUUUACCAGAGUAUGUCCUCAUGGUUCACUGACCUGCAUUAAAAAAAAAUUAAAAAUUAAAACAUUCCAUUUUCUAUUUAACCAUUUGUUGAUAUGUAUGUCAUGAACAACAACACAGCUAGUUGUACCAAUCAUCUAGUUAGAGUAUGGUGCUUGGACAGCAGGUGUCACAAUAUUACUACCUAGUACUUGUGGCAUACAAAUGUUCUGAGCAAACUAUGGACAAAUUUACAGAUAGUAUCUGAUAUUGAAAUGUUCCUGUUGAUAUCAUGUAAAGCCACUCAUGUUGCUGCCUGGCAUUAGACUUGACAAUUAUCAAAGAAUUGGGUUUUUCCAAAUGGCAGUUGUGGUCACUUCAGUGUGUAAAACCUUUAUGUUCUUGAGACCGAGUGAUCUCCAGCAUAUAUGUUGUGUAUACAAUGCGAAUAUCGCUGUGAUGUGUACACUGUACUCUGUAACAACUCUACCGUUGAGCUGUAAGUAUUGCUAGAUGUUCAUCAAGUUGAUAACUCUCCUAAGCCUUACAUAUAUGGACUUGACAAAUGUAGAGACAGCACACGAAGGUAUGGGAGCUUAUGUUGCAGAUAUGUUUGAAAGGAUAAUAACAUUAGCCCAGACAGAUGUUUAAUGCUUUUACAGAAGGAAACAGUUUGGCCAGACAAUUUUUUCUAGUUUGCAUCAGUGUUUUAAGCAUAUACUUUUUUUAAGGUGUUCAGUGACCAAGAAAAUAGUAUAAUGUUAUGAUCUCAGAUUAACGUACCGUAUAUUGAAAGAAAAUAUGUUUGAAAGGCCUAUAUAUUUUCCUUUGUCUAAAUCAAACCUGUAUUUGUUUAGAUCCACAAUGUUUGUAUAUUACAUAUUUUACUUUAGAGAAAUCUUGGUACAUUCAUCUGGUGUGUGUUAGCCUCAUCUACUGUUUGGAUGAUGGAAUAUCAUUGCCAGGACUGAAUUGAAAUUGAAUUCGAUAAUGAUACAGGGAGUCACAGCGUUUUCAGAAAGCUGCCUUUACCUGAUAUAUUUACUCUCCAUUAAGGCUUCUUUAAGUAUGAUUUAUAAAGUUAUGUGUUAACACAUGAGCUGGAAAUAACAUGGAAAUAAGAAUACCUCUGAAUUACAGGUUUAGAGGGGGGCUUCUGAUAUUAUUUUCUGUAUCAGCUUUGUUGGUAUAGGCUGUCCCUUAUUUUAAAGGGAGAUAACUUGCAUAUAUAAUUGUAAGCUAAUGAUAAGUCUCGGAUGUCUAGCUGAUAGCCUUCAAGCUGAAGCUCCUAACAUCUCCAACAAUCAUCUCCUUCACUUGAGUGUGGUGCAUGCUGUACAUGAGCAACUAUAUUAUGUGCCACAUCCUAGACUUGGUCCUAUAAUAAAUACAUAUUGUGACACAUAUUCUCUAUGUUGCUCAGGUGUAACUAUGAUCAGCUGUAGAAAAUACUGUUACCUUUGUAUAACUGCCCUGCUUCUAGUGGUGUUGUCAAAUUCAUCUGGUUCUGUUGCAAGUAAGACAUUUCAAAUUAUGUGUGUGGAUGUCAUAUGAUAUUUUGCAUUCGUUAGUGCUUAAUUUCCAGCAGUUCAUGUCUUUGUGAAGUUGUGGGCAGAAUACCUUUCCAAACUGGUUGUCAAACAAGGGAAGAUUCAAAACUGGAAAACAUCUGAAGUAGCUUGGAUCUUUUAGAGCGUGUUUAACUGCCUUUCUUACUUAAUCAUUUCAUUAUUGGAAUGACUGGAUGGAAGAAUGUUUUCCCUCCUUUUCAGCAGAACUCGAAAGAUUUCAUGCAAAUUGUCAAAACUAGGGAAACAUCAAAUAGGCUUCACUUUUCAUUCAGAAUUAGAUUAUGAUAUCCUUCUU